AAAAUCCAACAAUGCCUCCUCCUGUUGGAAAUCAUCCUCCAGACGAUGAGAAUGCUCGUGCCAUCAAGAGGGCCAGGACUUCGGGCAAUCUUCUGCCGCCUCAGGGUGAGAACACCGCCCAUCAGGCUGGACAGUCGCUGAGUCCUCAGGCAGCUGGCUCGGACAUAUCAGAUAAAAAUGCGGAAGGCAAACCAAAGUCUGCUCUUUUCCAGCACUUGCAGAAGCUGAAAAGCGCAUGGGGUCCAACACCGCCUGGAUUAGUACCACCAGGGCAACCUGCUCCCACAGAAAGCAAUCGCGGGAUUUCUUAUCGCCCUCCUAAUCACACAUUAAAAAUACCCCCGAGUCAAAUUCCGCCAUCGACGUCGGCCUUUGCCUCCACUCCUCCCCCGAAUAUGGGAAAACAGCCUACGCCAGUGAAGACUCCCAUGACUACACCGCAACAGCAGGUGACAACACGGUAUACACCCAACACGUUUCAGCCGGGUGCAGUACAGAUUACAGGCACUUCUACCGGGAAAAGAAAGAAUAGUCCUGUAGUAGGGUACGGACCAGGCGCGGGGUUCCCUCCUGUUCAGCAAGCAGCCACGGGACCAAAACCGACGCCGCGGAAUUCACCUUUGACUGGAGGAACUCCAACCCCGGUCCAGCGUGGUACUGGUAUCAAAGAUCAAGUAAUUCAACAAGCGAUGCAAAAGCAAAAGAAAGCAAAGGCACCACCCGUGAAGCAACAACAGGACGUCAUGCUUCCUCCACCAAUGAUGCAUCCACAACAUCCACAACAUCCCCAACACUAUGGUAUGCCCAUGAUCGAUCCGCGAUUGAUGCCUCAACCAGGACCACCACCACCACAUCACAUGAUGCCCAUGCCUAUGACAGCACCGCCGCCGAUGCAACGCCCAGGACCACCCUACACUGUCCGUCCAAAUAUGUCGACAGGACCUGUCGUCGUGCGUCCUCAAGGUAUGUACACGGUAACACCCUUUCCGCAACGCGCACCCCCGGCCCCGGCACCUCGUCCUCGACAAGCACCACCUGCGUGUUCAUCCCCAGCGUCGGGAUCAGCAUCAGGCAAGGCGAGCAUCACGCUUCGUUUCAAUAACACACCUGGCGUUUUUGGUAAUACGCCUCAGUUCAGAGUUCCACCUGCUGCUACGUUGAAGCCUGGGCUUAGUCCUGCGACGCCGCCUGUAGCAAAGACAGCCUCUGUGACGAUUGCGCGUCCGAUCCCGUCUGCGGCGACGAAAACUCAGCAAACAGAAUCCGCACCCUCCUCACCCCCAAAUGGUCCAUCUCCCGCCACCACAAAAGCGAAGCCGUCUACCACAAAAGCACCGAAAGAGAAACCAGGAAGCAAAGCCACCCCGCCAGUCAGCUCCAAGGAAAAAGACCCCCCAGCAUCCAAGAUCCCAAAACCAGCAUCAGCAUCCGCCCCAUCCCCCGUCCCAAUCUUCGAAAUGCCCCCCGAACUCCCCGACCCAGACCUCGAAUCCCUCCUUAUCAAACUCCAAUCCUCCCCACCCACCACAGACACGAAACAGGACGUAAGGUACAUGCUCAUCCUCAUGCGCGAGGAGUACCAAGAACUCGAACGCGAAUGUGGGAAUAUCCGUACACGUCUCCGGGACCGAGAAAAACGCGAGAAACAAAGGGAGAAGGAGAAGGUAGGGGGUGCAGAUUCGGGGUCAGGGUCGAAGUUGGGGUUGGGGUUGCUUGGGGCUCCGGCUUCGAAGGCGGAGAUUGCGGCGAUGACGGCUGGGCAGAGGGGGAGGCCGAGGGGAAGGCCGCCGAAGGUUGGACGUGGGAGAGGUGGGAGGGGGGUGGGUAUUGGUAGGGCUGCUUUCUAAGGAUACAUGCACAUGUUGUUUUGUUAGGCAUCGGCACGGAGUUUAUCAUUCGGGGCAGGCCCCGUGGGAUAAGGCGAUACAGGGUAUGGUCGAGCACCUAUAGUAAGAAAGGGCAUUUGGUUGCAUGUCCUCACACGCUCAUGGAAAUCUAUAUGAUCAUUUAUUAUAACUGAAUGCAUCCAGAGUUCGGG